AUGAAGCGGCUGAUGAAAGAGUCCAAUCCUUGGACCAUUGCUGUUGUUCAUGGGGGUGGCCAGGAGGAUGGACGCCUGGAGGGCUGUGUGCCCGGUUUCCAGGUCAAACACUACCAGGUGAAAUACAGCGGACCCCUCCAGAAAGGCCAGCCGCUCAUACGAGUGGCGUUUGAUGACUGUGCCGGAAACAAAGACGUGACAUUUGAGGUGUCGGACCCCAGCUUCUAUGUGAAUGGGGAUCGCUACCUCGUUCUGAAUCGCAACAUCCCACAUAGCAAGCCGAUCCUGUUCAUCCAUGGCCUCAGUGCACAUGCAGACGACCUGGCGCAGGUGGAUGUCACAGGACAGACAGUCCGAUCCACUCAAACACUCAGGGACAUACUUGCCCUUGGCCAGACACAGCCUUACAGAUUAAAGAGAUCCCUGCUGGUCCCCCCUCUGAGUGUCACCGAGAACCAGAGAGCGCCCUUCCCCAGGAUCAUCGGCAAGUCUCAUGUGAUUUCAACAGAGAGACAGGGGAACCAUAUCUUCCGUCUGACAGGUCAAGGUGCUGACCAGGAUCCCAAAGGUCUCUUCACCAUUGACAUAGAGACAGGAGAUGUGUCAGUCAGCCGCUCCUUGGACCGAGAGGCCAUCGACUCCUACCAGUUGGAAGUUUCCACCACCGACCUGAAUGGUAACUUGGUUGAGGGGCCAGCCAUACUAGUGGUCACCGUCAUCGACCAAAACGACAACCGGCCGAUCUUCAAAGAGACACGCUACACUGGAGAGGUGCUGGAGGGAUCACCGACAGGGACCAGGGUGAUGACAAUGACAGCGUUUGAUGCAGACGACCCCGCCACAGACAACGCAGUACUACGCUACAUGAUAGUCAGGCAGUCGCCCGACAAGCCCUCCCCAAACAUGUUCUACAUCAACCCGGAAAGAGGCGAGAUCGUCACUGUCAUCUCCCCCACACUGCUUGACAGAGAGACGCUGCCCACCACAACGUAUGAGCUGGAGAUUGUAGCAAAGGACAUGGCGGGAAGCGAGGUAGGCCUAACCGGGACAGCCACUGCAACCAUCACCAUCACCGACAAGAACGACCAUGCUCCUGAAUUCACACAUCCACUGUUUGAGGCGAACGUGGACGAGGGUUCGACAGGUGUGGUGGUCAACCUGACAGUAGAUGACAGAGAUGACCCAGCUACAGGGGCGUGGAGGGCCAUCUACUCAAUCAUCAGUGGGGACCCCACCCAAAGCUUUGAGAUCCAUACCAACCCUGACAACAAUGAGGGCAUGCUGUCUGUUGUCAAGGUAUAGUAGUUUAGUUUGAAUGUAUUCCACACUCUACUGAUCAGGGUGGAGAACGAGGACCCUUUGGUUCCUGAUGUGGGUUAUGGCCCCAGCUCCACAGCCACAGUCCAUGUCACCGUCUUGGACAUCAAUGAGGGCCCGAUCUUCUUCCCAGACCCUCUGACAGUCACCUGGAUGGAGAACAUCCCUGUGGAGAGCUUUGUUGCCUCACUAAAUGCCACAGACCCGGAUAUACUACAGAUACAGAGCAUCAGGUAUGCUAUUCUGCGAGACCCAGCAGGUUGGCUCAGUGUAAACCCAGUCAGAGGAACUGUCAACACCUCAGCCUCUCUGGACCGCGAGUCACCUUUCGUCCACAACAACAAAUAUGCAGCUGUCUUCAUCGCAACAGACAACGGCAGCCCACCAGCUACGGGAACUGGCACAUUGGUCAUCAACCUGGAAGACUACAAUGAUAACGCCCCCUAUGUGUUCCCAUCGGUAGCUCGGGUGUGUGAGGACGCCCAUGACAUGAAUGUGGCCAUCAUCGGGGGACGGGACAGGGACAUCCACCCUAAUGCCGGACCCUUUAAGAUAGAACUGGGCAAACAGCCAGGACUAGAGAAAACAUGGAAGGUUACCAGGGUCAACUCCACACACUCCCAAAUUAUGCUGUUGCACAGUCUGAAGAAAGCCAACUAUCAGCUCCCGCUUCUCAUCACUGACUCGGGGGUGCCCCCCUUGUCCAACAGCACAGAGGUCAAAGUUCAGGUGUGUGUCUGCAAGAAGAACAGGAUGCAGUGCAGCUCUGCCCAACCCCACCAUGCCAGCCUUCUCAUGCUGCUUGGGACAUUCCUGCUCGUCCUACGCUCUGGGACUACUACUGCAAUGGCUGCCCCAGCUGCUGCCGUGGCCGACCCACCUCCUGCUGCUGCUGCUGCCAACCACAAGUCCUCCUACACGGGUCCCUCUGCAUCGUCCUCCCUGGUGUUCGGGCAAGUUGGUUACUCCCAGUCCCAAUGCCACUUCCUCAGGCCAACAACAUUCAUCCCCUCCCAAGACUAUCCCUGA